UGAUUUGUCUCGGUGAUGUUAUUGUGCUAUUUGUCCCCCCAACAAUACGAAUUUUGAUUAUUUCAUCUAAUGAUUCACUAUGUACUAAUCGUGCUUGUAUAACGUGAUAAUAAACUACCUAUCUGUGAAACUUGCAACACAUAGAAUAUAUUAUUCAAGUAAAGUGCAAGAACAGUGAGGAACAAUGCUGGUGGCUCGAUCAGUUUCACCUUCUCGGACUAAUGAUCGCGAACGACGUGCCAAACCCUACUGCCAGUGCUGGAAUAAAAAGGCACCAGUGUCGUGGACACAACGAUCUUGUACCUGUGGAGAAGAUAAUGAAAUCAGCGAAUGGAAAUGGGAGCUGCCAAACGGCAUCGGCUCCAGCUGGGUGAUGGUCAGCGAAGACAAGAAGCAAGUGACGUUCCACCCGUUCUACAGUUCUGGGACUGCUGCCGUAAAGGGAGACACAGCCCUGCUCCACAACUACCACUACUACUGGGAGAUAAAGAUACUCACGGAAACUUAUGGUACUGAUAUUAUGGUAGGCCUCGGUACAAACAAAGUGAACACAACGAACUUCGAGUUCACAUCCCUUUUAGGCCAAGAUGGCGAAUCGUACGGUCUCUCAUACACGGGGGCUGUGAAACACAACGCUACAGAGAUGCGAGAGUCGCCCGGCUUCUGCAGGGGCAGCAUCGUGGGCGUGCGCGUAGACAUGUGGCGGGGCACGCUCGAGUUCUACUUGAACCGGCGGGCGCAGGGUAUAUCCUUCUACAACUUGCGAAGACACCAAGCACUAUACCCCAUGCUGUGUUCCACUGCCGCUCAAUCGAGCAUGUUGCUAAUAUACGCUGCCUCCUGGCGCGCCUCGCUUUUAGUGGACGCGGCUAAGAUACUAGCAGCGUCGUUAAGGAAUGACAGACAGAAGACGUUACCGCCUGGGUUGUGGUAUAUGUGCAGGUCGCAGUUCUGGCUCACAUUGCCUACGGAUGGCCAAGUAACUAACGAUGAUGAUGAACAACCCAGUGCAGUCGAAUUGCAAACAGUCAAAGUUGCAUCAAAUGUGAAUGUCACAUCGUCGGGCAUGAAACGACGCCAUUGGCAGAUGAAAGCGCUGCACGCACGCGCAGUACGCAGCGAUAAUAUAUGAUGUACAGCGCUUUUUGCGCUUUAUUGUAGACAUUUGAAUGGUGGAACAGGGCGGGAGUUUAGAACAAUGGUUUAGAAAUGUUUUUUUUUUCGAUGACAACAUUUAAUUCGACAGUUUGCGUUUAAAGAACAAAAGAAAAGAAGGUUGCUCAUUUCCACCAAUAAUGCGCGAGGAUGUAUAGCGAGGAAUGUGUUUGUAAAUAAACAAUCAUAUCGCCUCAAUUAGUUUGAAGUUUGUAGAGUUUAGCUGUUGAAGAGAUUUUAUUGGAUUUUUACAAACAUAUGCCUCGCUACACAUAUUAUACUCGCACAUUAUCGAAAAGCCCCCUAUGGUGUUAGAUAGGGUGAGAGGAAUCUUUUUUAUCUCUUUUUCACAUCGUAGACUUUAUGGUUGAUAGUAAUAACGUGACUUUUCAAAUAUUAAAAAUGUGUUAAACAGAGGGGAGAUGUGUAAAUAAUUCUACUUGUCUCAACCAUAGAAAUAAUCGUGAAUUGGGGACAGUACCCUUUUAUUUAGUUUAUUUAGAAUUUAGAUAGAAGAAAUAAAAUUCUUGAAUUAGGCCAAUCACAUACUUGAAUGUUGUGUUUACCUCACUUUCAUCAAUAAGACAUUAUUUUUAGGAAAAGGUUAAUAUAGAUAUUCCAGUUAUUUUCAUAAGCUCAUAAAUAUUUUUUAAUGCAUCAAGAAAACAAUAAUUCAAGUAUGAAUCUGUCCCUUCCUUACACAAAUAAGAUAAAAAUGUAAAUUCUACAACAAAUUUGUCAGCAUCUUUUCUCGCUCUAGCUAACAUAAUUUCAGUGGGUUAGACAGAGAUGGAUAUAUAUAUUGGCAUCCGAUCCUAUGUGCCUUAUGAAUAAAUAUUGCUCAAAAUUUUGUCAAUGAAUUUUAUUACAGGUUAUAGUGUGAUUAUCUAUUAUGUUUAAGGAAAUAAAACUUUAUAGAGCUUAAUAUAUAAAAAACUAUGUACAUAUUUUCUAUAAUAGAUUUGUAGAUUUUUUGUUUUGAAAAAUAAAUACAAUUUUAAAAUCUCAUUAUUAAUUUUAAGAAGUUCUUGUUUUAAGUGAAGACUGUAAUUUAAUAUUUAAGUUUAUGAAUAAAAUCUGUGAUAUGUAGUAAAA